AUGGAACUCCAAAACCAACUCCAGGGCGAUUGGAGCCCGUAUAUCUGCAAUCAACCACCAGAGGAGUUUUAUACAAGACCAAACCAUCAUCAUCUCUGCAAUGAGUUAACAAACAACUCUGUGCAGCUGAAGGGCAAUUCAGAUCCAUACUGCAGCAUCUGGAAGGACACUGAGCAAACAGAAGUCAAGAAUUGUAACAAUCGGUCAUUUGCCAUGGAUGCUAGAAUAAGACUAGAUCAUUUGAAGUCAGGGUGCCAUUCACCCUGUUCCACGGAUGGGAUGUUGUACAAGUAUAACUGUCAAAAUGACAGCUGGGACAGUGAAGACUCCCGGGAAGAAGACUCGGCUUUGGACUCAGUAGAGCUUCUUGAGGUAGAGGAGGGUGAGCAGGAUGAAGAGAGCUGUGUCAGAUAAUUGCGUAUUCCUCACAGGUUAUAUGAGUCUCCAAAGAAGCAGGAGUUAGAGGAGAGAAGUGAGUCUGCCCUCAGAUGGUGUCGACACGUCUUGGAUAACCCCAGUCCUGAGAUGGAGGCGGCAUGUCGUUCACUGAUAAAUUGGCUGAAUCAAAGAUCAGGCAGUUUUUACUACAGACAUCCUGCAGUUUUUCAUCAUAAUAUGGGUUCCUCUAUGUACAAAACAUCUGUCAGUUCAGAUCAUAAUGAGCUGAGCAUCUCGCGCGACACGAUAUAUACAAACUACAGACUGCAGGACAUCAAAGACGUCCACAUCAUGGCCCGUAUACAGGAAGCCAGUUUAAGACAAGCCUAUGUUUCCACACCUACCAGGACGAGAAGCCCUGAGCCAUCACCUGGUCUUUCGUCACUGAGCUCUUCCCCUCGCCGCUCACCAACAGUUGCUAAGCAGGGCUGCCAAAGUCCGAAACUGGCCAGACUACACCAGCAAGUCAUCCAGUUCAAGCUGCUGAAACAGAAUCAAGCCACAUCACCAGACAGGACGCGGACACCUCUGCGGACCAGCCUCCGCUCCCUUCAGGCUGUGAGGAACAGCAGAAGUUUGGACACAGAGGACUGCCAAUUUCUUGACCAUAUCACUUCCACAGCAUCAGCGGCCAUGAUCUCCAACAGCUCGCUGCACGCAGUGAGAGCCUCCGAGCGGCUGCUGAGGUCUCAUUCUCUCAGCCCCAGCAGGAUCCCUCACCCCGAUAAAGGACACCUCUCUGAUCAUGGACGCAUUUUCGCCUCACCUGACAGAGGCAGAAAUGUGCCGUCCACUCAAUGGUGA